AUGACAAGACAAGUGGCUUUGCAAAUUCAAAGAUCACAACAUUCCCUGACUGCUAGUGGGAAACCUCGAGUCGAAGUCGCCCUACCCAGUCAGGCUGCUCCUACUGGUGUGGCACAAUACGCGCUGUUUGUAUUCCUGGAGCAUGCCAUUGCUAUAAGAGCUGACAAGUUCAUGAUCCAUAGAACAACCCUCGAUCAGAUCGCAAAUUGGGCCCGACAGAGCUCCUUAUAUCCGAUGACAUUCGGUCUUGUUUGUUGUGCGGUGGAAAUGAUGCAAAUGGCUGGCCCGCGGUCCACCGACCUCCGAGGCUUUGAUAUACGGGAUUUUCCAGAUUCAAAAAAAGAUACGGAGGAAGCAGACGACGCGUACGUGUUUCGAGACUUAGGAUUCGAUCAAUUCACGUACGACGGAUGUUGGCCGAGCGCCAAGAAAUGGGCGGAUCAACAGAUCCUCCGCAUUUUUGGCCGCAAGGGGUUGUAUCCCAGGCAUGGGGGUAUGGGGCUUGAAUCACGCAUAUGGCUCAUCGAAAAGCCACGCUGUGAUGAGAAGCGACCCAAAUGUACCAAAUGCGAAGAUCGCCUAGAUGACUGCCAGUAUGGUUCUUCCGGCCCGUGGCUCUGGACGAAUCCUGGAUCCGCCGAGCACAGCUCUACGGCUUACUCCGAGGUGGUCUUCCACUCGAAUACAUCACCUGCGAGUGAUUGUAUAAAUGGGGCAGUCCCUCAAGCUGUUCCAUCUGCCGGAUCCGCUGCCGGAGAUUCAAACCAUCUUCACUCUAGGCUCCUCAUGCAUUGGAAGACAGAAACUGCCCCUCCAUAUCUAGAAACGACUCGGACCUUCAAAUAUGUAAGACAGCAGUUCCCAACGAGGCAUUGUCUAACCCAUAUCUGUUACAUGGCAUUGUUGCCGUUUCAGCAAUCCACCUUACGAUUGUCAAUUCUCAAGAUAUCGAAUGCGAGCAAUGGAUCAGAAUGGCUGAACAUCUUUGUUCUCUCUAGUCUUUUAAUCGGCUUCGCUUUCGCUUUCCACCUCGCCGUCUCUGGGCCAGGUCACGAAAUAUCCGAUCCUCUCGGCGAAAUGACUCAGAUCAUCACGCUGAUAAAAUCAACCAUGAAUUUCUCGGCUCCGUUACUUACAGAUGCCAAAUCUGACGAAAUGGGUCAGUUGACUCAUGUUGAAGAAGCCAGUCCAGGCUUAUCCGAGAUAUCUCGAUCGGCAAUAUCGAAUUUAUACGGGCUCAACACUACACAUGUUUUUGAGGAGGAGAAUCGUCAGGCUUUUCACUCAGCCAUAUGUCUUCUAGAAGACCAUUUUGCUAACAUAGACGGCGGCGCGGAGCCGGUUUCGAAGACCUUCAUGUGGAUGGAUGAAAUUGCAUCUAAUUUUUCUGAUUUAUUGCGGGAACGUCACCCCUUUGCGUUAGUUAUAUUCGCACAUUACUGCGUUAUGCUUCCUCGACUACGAUAG